AAAGUGUCGUCCUUCCAAAAAGUUACUCUCAGUUGCGCGACGAAGACCAGCACGAGUGUGUGACUUACCUUCCCAAGCAUGCGUGUGUGGCUAGCGGUACUGGCCGUGCUGGUGGCGGCGGAGGUAGCAGUGGCGGAGGAGCCCGGGGGAGGACCAGUAAGAAUAUCCACCACUGGCAACUCUGGGACACGUAGCACUGCUGGACGAGGGAAAAUCGAAACCCCUGGACGCGGUGAAGCAAGUGGCAACUCUGGAGGCGGGGAGGUGGUGAAGGCUGAGCUCAGAGCGUCACACCUCGAGGUUGGACCAGGAGACCCGACGUCCAUCGUUGGCCGAAGAAGAACAAUUGACACCGCUGGACAUCGUGCCUCUGUUAGCAAUGUGAGUCCCCGCCUUCCACUUGGCACCACAGGGAAGUCUAACGAGGCCCAUCAAGGCGAGAUGCAGGUGGUUCCCGCUCGUAUGGAAAGGAUUAUCAACACAGUGCAAAGUGCUCCAGUCGCCAAUGGGAACAGUGGAUCAUUAAGAACAACUGGACUCACAGGUGCACUAAGCAACGUGACGCACCACACCGCUGCCACCAAUGAAGGCUCCCUCGGCAACACCGCACGUGAAAAUCGGAACCAGAAAAGAGGCGCCAGUGAUGAAGGAAGCACAGUCCGAGACAAGCGCGUCGACCGUUUACAAGCUGCCAAGAUUGCGGCCUCGAUCCACAGAGCAAUUCCAGUCGACCUCUCCAAGUACGGCGGGCUGGACCAAGGAGCUCUUCUCAGCUUGGCAAAUCUCGAGAAGAUCAACAGAGCGGCGACGCUGAGCCUCUUGGGGAAAGGAGACAAAGGCCCAAGUGGAGAGAUCUCAAAAGGUGCAAGCAGAAGUCACGAAAGGAGUCAAGAGUCUCCUAAAAACAUCGCUGACAUAAUCAAUACGGAUGACGAAACUGCAACCGGCGCAAACAAAAGGGAGAUCUUCAGCAUCCUAGACACUGAUGACUGUGACAGCGGGGAGGUCUUUGGACAGCGCGGGAAGGGCUCUGGUCUUUUUGGCAUUUUCAGUAAGGGAGACAGCAGGGAAAAACAAGGUGGAGGGUUAGGUGGGAAAGGAAACAGCAGGGAAAGAUGCAUAUCAAAGAGGCAAAAGGGUGGUAGAGGAAAAGGGACCUCGAAUAUCUUUAGACUUUUUAAGAAAGGAAAUAGUAAUGAGAGACCUGGAGGGCUGUUUGGAAAGGGAGGAGGAAGUGGUCUAGAUAUUUUCAGAAUCUUUAACAAAGGUAACAGUAAGGAGAGAUCUGAAGGGCUGUUUGGAAAGGGUGACAGAGGUGGCUUCGAUCUUUUUGGUCUUUUUGACAAGGGGAACAGUGGGGAAAGACUCGGAAAAGGUGGACGAGGGCACUUUGACAUUUUUGGACUUUUUGACAAGGGAAACAGUAAAGAUAAAUCUGGAGAACUAUUUGGAAAGGGAAGCGGAGGAAGAGGUUUAGACAUUUUUGGGAUUUUCGACAAGGGAGACAGCAGGGAGAAAUCUGGAGGCCUAUUCCGAAAAGGUGAAAAGGGAGACCGAGGAGGAUUGGAGAUUAUAGACAUAUUUGACAAGGACGACAGUAGGGAGAAGUCUAUUGGCCUAAUUGGGAAAGGUGUAAAAGGGGAACGAGGAAACCUGGAAAUAAUUGAAAUUCUUGACGAUGGAAGCAGUAGGGAGAAAUUAUUAAUAGGCAAGGGUCUUCGAGGUUUAAACAGAGGGGGUGUCUUUGGCAAGGGAGCAGGUGAGUUAGACAUAUCAGGGUCAUAUGGCAAAGGCAGCAGAGAAGGACUUAAAUUAUUUGGUAACAAAGGGCAAGGUAGCAGGGGAAGGUUAGGUGGUUUAUUCAACAAGGGCAACAGCAAAGAAAGAUCAGGUGGUCUCUUUGCAAAUAAGGGCAGAAGAGGAGGAGGACUCUUCGGUAAUGCCUUUGACCUCUUCGGAAUAUUUAACAAGGGCAGUAAAGAAAGGUCAGGAGGAUUAUUUAACAAAGGUAACAGCAAGGAAAGGCCAAGAGGACUAUUUAACAAAGGUCGAAGUAAGGAAAGAUUAGACGUGGAUUACUACCGUGACAGCCUUGAAAUCCCUGACCUUGUAUUGGUGCCUAGCAAAGAAAAGUCAGGUUUAUUCGGGAACAAGGGCACAGGAGGGGGACUUUUUGGCGGAGGUGGGCUUAAAAAUCUCGACAUCUUAGGGCUGUUCAACAAGGGAAGCAAGGAAAGGUCACCGGGGUUGUUUGGCAGUAAAGGGUUCAGCAAGGAAAAGUUUGACAGCAAGUUUGAUUUCACGGAUGAAAGUAAGGAGAGUUUGUUUGGAAAAAAUGAGUUCCUUAUCAUCAUCGACUUCCUUAAGGACCUCCAUCACAUCAUUUGGGGAAGAUAAAAGUCGUGCUGAGAAGCUGAGACGUUGCGUGAAGCUCAAACAACGAGAAAAGAAAACAGCUACAGAGAAGCAACGAAAAAAAAAAAAAAAAAUUAAAAUAAAACAAGAAAAAUAUAAAAACCUUAAAAUACUAAAAAAUGUUGUUCAUAGACAUACCAUUUCUCUCUCUCUCUCUCUCUCUCUCUCUCUCUCUCUCUCUCUCUCUCUCUCUCUCUCUCUCUCUCUCUCUCUCUCUCUCUCUCUCUCUCU